GAGAAAGGGCCGCGGCGUUGUCAAAAUGUAUCCCCGGACAGAGAGUGGCUGCAUACUUCAAUGAUGAUGGAAUGUAUCACGAAAGGAUACUUUUGUGGCGUUCUCAUGAGAUGGUCUGGGGAGUGUUGACACCUGACCUGGAUGUUUAUUUGGAAGAUUUCUCAGGCUAUGGCGAGGUCGGCUGCGACAGCUUCAAGAUAAAGGGUAGCGACUUCAACUACUGGUCAAGAGUGGGAGGACCCGCCUACAGGUUCAGUGAAGUCGUGCCCGACGAGAAGCUGAAGGAGAGCAUCGGGGAGAUCAUAAGCCAACUUGGAGAUUCGGUUCAUUCGGAAAGGGCGUGGCAAAUUAGACAAGCUAGUGCUUACCUACUUGCCACCAACUCCAGCGCCAGCUUUAGAUGGCUACCCAGCGAGUUGAACAGUAGCGAUGAGCCUAGCCGGCUGUAUGACUCAGCACCUUCAAAGCUACUCGCUGAUCAGAUUCCUCGUCCUAGCCAUGCCACGGGCCAGACAGAGGACCCUGCAUCCAGGCGAAAGUUCGGCAGCCAGUCAAGCAAAGCCAGAGCGAAAGAGACAGCUGGAGCCUCCGAAGACACGAGCAACCAGCAAGAGAAGCCGGACUUUGACUUUGGCAACGAGUGUACAGAAAAACAACAAGCCGUCAACCAGCAGGGAUUUCGACCUCAGUCAAGUUCCCCUCGAGCAGCCCUUGCAACAGAACCAAAGGAAGCCAACCGUGACGCGGACCGACAGCAGCUCAAGCGCCAGCCGGUCUCCGUCCCUCGGGAACGGGUCCUAGCCCCCAGGCGACGGGCCAGGCGUUCAUCCACGAUGGUGACAAACUUCUUCCAGGACAACAGCAGUCUCCUUCCGGCCACGCGCCUGGAACGGCAAGCAGUGAGCAGUUCCACUCAGGCGAGCUAUCAAGCAGAGUUGGAAAGGUUCAUGAAGUAUGCUCAGAGGCAUCAGCUGGACACCAAUUUGGGGGAGGCCAUGGACAACUCUCUGGUGCAGCACAUGAAUGCUCUGUAUCGGCAGGGCUUCCAAAGCUACCACGGGGACCGUCUCAUGGCCAGUGUGAUGCAUCGUCAUCCCAGCUGCGGCCGCCUGGGCAAUGUCAAAAUGCUGGCGCAAACUGUGUCCGGGCCGAACCCGGAUGCUUAUCCGCUGGCUGUUUGGUGCGGGGUGGUGGCUCUUCUGUUCCACUGGGGCCUCGUUGCGAUGGCAGUUUUCGUGAUGGUGGCGAUUUCGUCGUAUGCCAGGCCCAUCUUCAACUGCAAGAAACGAAGCCUGAUAAAACCAGCGAGCCAUGUGACCCGCCACUGGAGCCUGCUGCUGGCGCCAGAGGAAGACGGCGCUAAGCUCUUCGCCAACCUGGUCAAGGGCGAUCCGAACGAACCCCUGUGA